AUGGAAACCGCUUAUUCUACAACAGAAAAACACAAUAUUCUUUACGAAUGGAAAAUAAAAGAGUUUGUAUCAUUUCUUGAGUCUUAUAAAAACUGUCGAGAUUAUGGAGAACUCAAUUCACCGAAAUUUUCAACGGGUUCUAAAAUGAAUGACAGCUGGUAUCUGCAAUUGCAACUUGAAAGAGACGAACAAACGAAGAACAAGAAAAAAUGGAUAUCGAUAUUUUUAAAUUUGUUUAGUGAAACAAAUACUAAAACAAGAACACACUGUGUGUUUUUUAUUACGGAUAAUAAAAAAGAUAAGAAAUAUUUGAAUGAAUUCAAUACGAUCUUUGGGAUUGAAAAGUGCUGGGGUUACUCGAAGUUCAUUGAAAUCGAAGAAUUAUUGAAAUGUAAAAGUGAAUUGUUGCCGUCAGAUACACUGACACUGUGCCUUAGUCUUACAGUAUACGAUGAUUAUACAUCAGUUGUUAGUAAAGUUCCAUUGGAAGAAACAAACUACAAAAUUACUGAUUGUAUCAAAGAUCUUUUUACCACAAAAAUGGCAAGUGAUGUUGUUCUGGUUGUUGAUAAAAGAAAAUUUCUAGCACACAAAGCAAUUUUGAUGACUCGCAGUGCCGUAUUUUUCGCAAUGUUUUCAAAUGCUAUGAAAGAACAAAAGGAAAAUGAAGUCAAUAUACCAGAUAUGAAUCCAGAUAUAUUUGAAAAAAUGCUCGAGUUUAUGUAUACGGAUGAAAUAACUAAAAUUGACGAUGAUGAUAUUGUAGAUUUGCUCGAUGCUGCUGAAAAAUAUCAACUGCCAUCACUGAAAGAAUUAUGCGAGCGUUUACUCAUUCAGUUAUUGAAUAUUGAUAAUGCAGUUAAAUUUAUGGCUGUAGGAGAUCGUUAUCGCACUGAAUUUUUGUUGGAAUAUGCAGCGGAAUUUAUUGCCAUCAAUAUUUCGGCGGUUUCAAAAACUAUAGAGUAUGAAGAGUUGAAAAAAUCUAAUUUACCAGUUUUCUUAAUGAUAAUUAAAAAAUUUGAAACUGUUAGUCAGAAUAGUUGGCUGGUAAAUGAGCAUUGA